UUAAGUCUUCAUCCUAAAGCUUGACAGCGCUUCAAUACUGUCGCGUCCCCAGAAGGACUACCCAUUCCAGGAUCUGUAUGGAUUAUUGAGCUGCCAGCAUGGGUGUCACAGGGGAAGAGAUCGCCGUUGUCGGCAUCGGCUGCAAUUUUCCAGGCGGAGAGGGACUUGACAACUUCUGGAAGGUUCUUCAGGCAGGAAGGAACUGUGCUGUCCAGGUUCCAGGAGAGAGGUUUGACUGCACCCAUUGGUAUGAUCCUGACGAUAGCAAGCCGGGUAAAUCUCGUACGGAACGAGCCUCCCUGAUCGAUGGGUUCAAUGAAUUUGAUCACAAGUUCUUCAGCAUCGAUGAUGACGAAGCUGGGCUGAUGGAUCCUCAGCAGAAGCUCCUUUUAGAAUGUUCCUACAGAGCCCUAGAGGAUGCUGGGAUUCCAGUGGAGAAAGUCAGUGGGACCAGCACAGGCGUGUUCAUAGGUCUCAUGAACCGGGAUUAUGAGCAAUCAAUGGCAGCCAUCAGUCCAAGUGUAAUAAACCAUCGCAACAGUACAGGAACAGCAAUGAGCAUCGCUGCAAACCGCAUAUCCUACACGUUCGACUUGACUGGACCCUCCCUGGCCAUUGACACUGCCUGCUCCUCCUCGCUUGUUGCCCUGCACCUUGCCAUCCAGGCUAUAAAAAACGGGGACUGUGAGAUGGCUCUCUGUGGUGGCGUUAGCAGCAUAAUGGAGCCAUGGACCUUUGUUGCUUUGAGUAAAGCAAAGAUGAUCUCUCCGGAUGGAACUAGCAAGCCAUUUUCCCAGCAUGCAAAUGGUUAUGGGAGAGGGGAAGGUUGUGGGAUUGUCCUACUGAAGCCACUCAAAAAGGCUCUAAGUGACCUUGACCAUGUGUGGGGUGUCAUAACCACAAGCGCUGUGAACCAGGACGGCCAUUCUGUCACUCCAAUAACCAAGCCAUCUGUGGUCCAGCAGAAGGAGCUGCUGCAGAUGGUUUAUACGGACAUUGAUCCAUCUCAUAUCCAGUAUGUAGAGGCUCACGGGACAGGAACCCUGGUUGGAGAUUCCACUGAAGCAGAAAGCAUCUCUACAGUCAUUGCCAAAGGCAGAUCUGCAGGAUCAGCACCACUUUGUAUGGGCUCUGUGAAAGGUAACAUUGGGCACACAGAGUCUGCAGCUGGAAUGGCAGGACUUAUCAAGGUACUUCUCAUGAUGCACCAUGAAGUCAUAGUUCCUUCAGUGUUCUACUCUGAGGACAGUGCAAGUAUUGAUGCCCAGGCAUUAUGUGUGAAAGUUCCAGUGUCAGCAGAGAAGUGGGAAGUGAGUGGUCCAUUUGGAAGGGCUGCAGGUGUGAACUGCUUCGGGUUUGGGGGCACAAAUGCCCACGCAGUUGUGAGGGAGCACAAGACUGUUUGUAGUAGCCAAUCAAAGCAUUUGCCUGUAAUUGUCACUCUUUCUGGAAGCAGUGAAAAGUCACUCACUUUGAUGAUGGCGAGCACAGCUCAAUGGAUAAGCUCUGAUGACACUGAUCACCUCCCAGAUUUAGCAUAUACAUCAACAUGUAGAAGGACUCACGCAAAACACAAAUAUAGGAAAGCUUUCCUGGCAUCUUCUCUUAGCCAUUUAGAAGAACAACUGACGUCUUCGCUCAAAAAAAAAAUUGUGCCAUCAAAGGCGGAUCCUAAGGUAGUGUUUGUGUUUUGUGGAAAUGGGGUCACCUACAAAGGCAUGUGUAAACAACUGUUGAGGGAAGAGCCUGUUUUCAGGGAUAAAAUUAAGGAAAUGGACGGCAUCCUCCAAAAGUACAGCCAAGCAAGUAUCUUUGAGAUGUUGGAUAGUGAUGGUAAUUUCUCUGAAGCAGAUGAGGUCCAGCCACUUCUUUUGGCCAUUCAGAUUGCAAUUAACUGUCUCCUAACACACUGGGGUAUCAAGCCAGAUGCCAUUAUUGGGCAUUCAGUUGGUGAGGUUGCUGCUGCCCAUUGUUCUGGUCUCCUGUCCUUGGAGGAUACAGUGAAAGUAAUAUAUUAUCGAAGUUCUUUGCAGAGACGGGUGAAUUCUGGGAAAAUGCUUGUUGUCGGCAACAUAGAAGUGUCAGAAAUUGAGAAGCUACUUGCUGCUUACGCAGGAAGGAUUUGCUUGGCUGCCAAGAACAGCCCUCGGUCUUGUACCUUAGCGGGUGAUGCAGAUGCAGUAGACGGCCUUCAACAGGAGCUCCAAAGCUCUUUCCCAAACAAAAACUUGUUCAUCCGUGUUUUGAAUGUCACUACAGCUUAUCAUAGUCAUAUAAUGGAUCCCAUUCUGACUGAAGUAGAAAAGAGCAUAGGGUCUUUGCAGGAGAAUGAAACAGUAGCAGAGCUUUUUUCCACAGUGACAGGAAAGGCAUUUUGCAAAGGGGAAUUUUCAACUGGAAAAUACUGGGCUAGAAACAUAAGAGAGCCCGUAGUCUUUGACCAGACUCUGAAAGCAGCAGCUGAGGGAAGGAAAAAUGUCAUUUUCGUUGAGAUCGGGCCCAGACCAGCCUUGCAAAGGAACAUUAUAGAGACUCUGGGAGAAGACGCUAUUGUGUUUUCCACUGCACAGCCAGGAAAAGACCACGUGGCAAUGCUUAAUGUUGUGUGCAGACUAUUUGAACUUGGAGUGCCAGUAAACUGGGAACAGUUUUACCGUGGGUACGAGGCAUUGCCAACACCCUACCCAAGGUAUGAAUUUGACCGAACCAAGAAAAGCCUGUCUGCCAAAACGCAAGCAGGCAAUGGAAGUGGGCAUCCUGUGCUCACCAACAUAGGUCCCAACAGCUUCCUUUGUAACUUGUCUUCUGAAUCAACAUCCUACCUUUAUGACCACAAGAACAAUGGUGUCCCAAUCAUCCCGGGAGCCUUCUAUGUUGAAUUGGCUCUAGCAUCCUUCAUUGCAAGUUCAAAACCAAAGGUCCCCCUCAAUUCAUUGGACCUAAACAUAAGUUUUCAAAAUCCAUUUGUUUUGAGCCAUAAUUCUCCUGCAAUAACAGUACAACUUGAUGCAGGAGAGAAUGAAAAAACUGUUAAAAUAUAUUCUUCCUCAGCAACUUAUGCAUCGGGGAGCAUCAAACAUAGGCCAACAAUAACAACGAAGAGACAGAAUGUUUCACUGGAUGGUAUUUUCAAGAGAUGCACCUCAGUUUUGCAGUCGGAGGAAUUCUAUGACAUAGUCAAUCAGCUGGGAUUCCAAUAUGACUCUGUUUUCAGAAACAUUGGAGAUCUGUACCGUGGAGAAGAGUUUAUUGAAGUUGUCACCCUUGUAAAACUGCCAGAUGCAAUUCUGAAUCAUCUUCACGAUUACUGCAUUCACCCAGUAGUGUUGGAUUACUUCAUGCAAAUGGCAGCAGUGAUUGGAAUAGAUCGAUCAAGGGCAAGACCAAUGUUCCCAUCAUUGGUGGGUUCUUUAACCAUAUCUGAACCUCUACAGGAAGAAAUGUUCUUGUAUGUACACAAAACUCAAAAUGAAGCUGACUUCUUUGAUGUAUGCGGUUACUUCCUAGACAGGAAGGGUCAGGUUUUGGCUGAGCUUAAACAUGUGAGGAUCACUUACAUUGGCAGUGAGCCCUCUGAUGUCAAAGAUUUAUUCUUUGAAUACAAAUUUGAUGUGACUGAUGAAGAGAAGCCAAACACCAGUAACAAAUGCAAAGCUUUUGUGUUUGCAGAUGACAUGGGCUUAGCUGAUGAGUUAAAACAGCACUUGCACCCAGAUUCCACUUAUGUGCUACCAAGGAAUGAGAGAGAAUUAUCAAACGGGAAUGCUGGCGACUUUCUGUCAAAAUUUGAUUUCCCCAAUAAGAAGUAUGAAGACAUCUUAUUCAUGUGGGGUAUCAGAAACAUCACAGAUCUGGAUACAGAAAGUACUCUAGAGCACUUGGUAAACUGCUGUGAGGAUUUCCGGCAAAUUGUGCUCAAGCUUACUGAGGAAUACUUCCCCCGUUCUAUCAGAGUAAUAACUUACAGAUCAACAGAAAAGACAGUAGAUCAGAUCACUCCCGGUUUUGUGCUUAGUGGCCUAACCAGAUCACUUGCAGCAGAGGUGGAACUUAUUACAUUCCAGUUCAUUGACGUUGGGUCACUUUCAAAAAAUGACAUUCAAGCUCUCAGUCAGGUGAUUCAUUCUUACCCCUCUGCAAAAUACCCAGAGGCCAUUGUAAGCCAAGGCCAGAUUUACACUCUUACCCUUUCCAAUACAUCUUUCAAAGCUCUUGACAAGAGAAGUGUCUGCCAAUCUCAGUCUGAGUGUUUCACAAUACAGACUGCUGACCCUUACCGUGUCUCAAACCUGUCAGCCAUUCCCUUCAGUGAUCCUGAUACCCAAGUUAAAGAGCAAAUGGUUGAGGUUCAGCUCAGUAAAAUUUGUGUCCACUCGUCUGAUUUUUUUCCGGUCACAUUAUCAGACCUG